AUGGAGAACCGUAUACUGGCAGAUGUAGAAAUGAAAGAAGGAGUGGGGUAUAAAGAAGCCCUGCAGAAUAGCCUAAUAGUUAAGGAGGCAACUACGCACUCUGUAGCAAGUAUUAGCUUGAACCUCAAAGCAAAACUAGUGGACGAAAAGCUUCACGAAUCUAGUGGUAAACUAAAAGAGGAAAAUAGCUCAACUAAAGACAGCCUACAAGACA